UAUAAUAAUAUAGAAUAAAUAAAAAGUGCUAUAAAAUCUAAGACAUUGGAAUGAUCGUAACUAAAAGUUGACAGAGAAAUGUGUAAAACAUUUCAAUUUUUUAAAAUUAAUUAAUCUGUAAACGAUAUAACAUCGAAAAUGUUAAUAUUAACCAUUUUAAAUUUAUUGCUUCAUUUCUAUGUUUCUAAUGCAGACCUGCCAGUAAAGUGGAACGAAGUGGAAACUGAAAGGAUUGUGAAGCCAAGUGUUAGGAAAUUUCAAAAUUCAUGGAAAAACAACAUGUACCAUGGACUAGUUUUUCACUACAAAAAACACUUUGGAAUAAUAAUUAGGAAAGAUACGACAUUUACACUAACUAUAGAAUCUUCACAAAAAAUUGAAAAUUUAAAAUUUGUCUGUCCAUUUGAGAGCUCAGAUAAAUUUCUCGAAAUAAAUUUUGCUCGAACCCAAAAUAGUACAAGAAAUUUAACAACAAAUCUUGACUGUGUUCCAUUAUUAACAGUAUCAUACAAUGUACCAGUGGUGGUAAAAAUUAAAACUAAAAAUUGGUCAGUUUUACCUGUUUUUGAUUCUAAGAAUUUAACUUUUCUCACCUCGCACAAACCUGAACAAGAAUUUUACAAAAAUAUUCAAACUUAUGGUUUUGUUGAAAAUCAUCAAACACAAAUGAUAGUGUCAGCAAAGGAUGUUAAAGAAAUCUUAUCAGAGAAGUUGAGUUUAUUUGUUGGAUUACAAAAUCAAGCGGAUAUAAUAAAAUACUACAAUUAUCUAACAGGUGCCAGUCGAUAUGUAGAUAAAAAUGAUUCAUUAACAUAUUAUUUAGUAGACAAGCAACGACAUUUCUUCCGCACAGAAAUAAAUGAAAAUGCGGCCGGAUUGUAUAAAAGUUGUUGGAUAACACUUACUUAUGGUGUAGACGAUGUUUUACAACAAAAACGAGCUAAAAAAUGGAUUGAAUUACAUGAAAUUGCGCAUUAUUUUGACAUACAAUAUGAUUUGCUUGGUUUCGGACCAACUACUGAAAUAUGGACAAAUAUUUUUGCUUUCCUCUACGAAAGUAAAUUUUACUCCAAUACACAGAGAGAACCAAAUAAAAAUGAACUUGCAGAAUUCUAUCAAAACAGUAAAUCUUUUGAAAAGUGGAGUUAUGCAAAAAAACUACAAUUUUUAAUGACAUUAUUUGCCUUCGAUGGUACUGAUAAAUCUUUUAGGGAAUUUAACAUUCGUUACUAUUCCAAGAAAAAUAAGUUGAACACAAUUACUUUAAUUUUAGAAGUAUUUCUCGAUCUUUACAAUAUAAAUGUAUUGCCAUAUUUGAAAAAAGUUCUCAAUUUUAAUACCAAUGCUCCUAUUGUAAACCCUGAUAUAGAAUUACUACUUAUAACUGGUCAUCCUGUAAUGCCUGCCAUUGAUUUUAAUAUAAAGCCAGCAGAGUUAAAAGCCAGGAGUAGAGAAAACGAUUGGAGACCAUCCUUACCUUUAAUGUUGUUGCGAAAAAUGAAGAAAAAAUUAGUCGACGUUACUUUUACCAUAGAAUCACCAAUUGAUCUCACAAAUUGUUGUCUUUAUUUGAAUAACAUUUGUCACAAUAUUGUAGGAAAUCUUAUGAAUAUUAAAUUACAGACCGACGUUUAUUCUAGUUUUAUAGCCGAAGAAAAAAAUGGUAAAAUUUACAUUAGUGAUAUAGUCUAUCACACUAUUUCAAAAGAAACAAAAAUUCAUUUGAUAGUGAAUGAAAUGUCACGAAGUGGAGAAUUUUUACCUUUAGCAUAUUAUGAAUUUCAUGCCCUAGGUUAUAAUGAUGAAAUUUUCGCAAAAAUAUUAAUAAACUACGAAAGUAUGACAAUAGGUAUAAAUCAAUUCUUUAAAGAUGUCCAUGUGUAUUUUAAAGGCGAAUUAUAUUUUUCAAUAAGUUUAGAACGAAAUGGUUCUUCCAUUUUUGAAUACAAAAUAAAUAGCACUCAGGAAAAGGAGGAACCGCUUAUAAAUGUAAAACAUAAAUUGAUAGUUAAUGACAAAAUUCAUAUUUAUCAUCCAGAACCAGGUCGUUUUUGGCUUCAUUGGAAUAAAUAUAAUGAAUUAAAACAUAAUACUUUUGUCGUUACAAAUGUCGGUUUAAAACUAGUCGGAGACAAUGAUUUGAAUAUUUCUUCGGAUAUCAAAAGAAUUGAUGAAUUUCAUUCAAAAUACAAUGUGGACUUGAGCAAUAAUGCAUUGUAUAAAUUUUAUUUUGCACAUUAUAUUCGUACAUUGCGUUUUAAUGGCUUGGAAAAAUACAUACCAAAUGCUUGGGUUCAAUGGCAGACCGAAAAUGUGGCCUAGGGGGGAGAUGUUCCUUAAUCAACAUUGAUAGAUGAAGUUGAAGGAACCCUUUUUUAAUUAUAAUUUUUCGCUAUUUUUAGGACUUUCGAGCUACGUUGAGAUUGAAAAAAUUUAUCGCUGAAUAUAUUGUUAUUUAAUGUAAUAGAGUAAUAAUAAUAAUAAUUAUUAUUAUUAAUUUUCUUCUUGUAUAUUGUAUAUAAAAUAUAAACUGUCAAUAACAAUUCGCAUUAAUUUUGUAAGUUGAUGGGUAUUACGGCCCUGUAACUGGUGCUUAGCGCCCUCAAGUGUUCAUGUUAGUUAUUAUUAGAAAAGAGACUUUUUCUAUCUAUUGUAUUUACCGCUAUUGUAAAAUAUAAAAGAUAAAAUAUCUUGUGUUUUAUUUUCAAUAAACGUGAGUAGUAGUAAAUUGUGUGUAUCUGAUACAUUCCAAAUUCUUGGGUUUAAUGGAAGACCCAAAAUUAUGUUUAAUAAAUCUUUUUGUAAAUUAAGAAUGUAUAAAAUAUAUAUUAUAUUACUGAAA